GGUUUCUGGUGUGUGUCUGUUUCUGUCACGUCUUCGGCCAAGAUGAUUUGAUUUCGGCGGGUCGCAAAUACACACAAUACAUAAACUAGAGCGAUUUGCGCGUCUGCCAUUGAGCUGUGUCAUCGUCACGUGUGGAGACACCAUAGAGUUGGGUCGGAGCAAAAACACCCUUGCAGGAUCAGAUCUUUAUUUCUUUAGUUUAAGAUCGGAGGAGACAUUGACAUUUUUCUGGAGUCAUGGCGUGGACCAAGUUCCAAGUGCUGCUGGCCGUGGUGAUGGUGGUCACCGGCUCGAUCAACACCUUAUCCACCAAGUGGGCCGACAAGAUGACCUCGGUGGGCAGUGAUGGGGUGGAUCGACCAUUCGUGCACCCCUUUUUGCAAGCGUGCGGAAUGUUCAUGGGUGAAAUCCUGUGUCUAAUUGCAUUCAGAAUUAUCUACGCCUGUGCAGUGCGUCGUGGGGACAAUUCUGAGCACGAGAUCACCAUCCUCAGGGGCAACCAGAAUUUCAACCCCCUCAUCUUCCUGCCCCCAGCCUUGUGCGACAUGACGGCCACUUCCAUCAUGUACAUUGGCCUCAACCUCACAUACGCUUCGUCCUUCCAAAUGCUGAGAGGAUCUGUGAUUGUUUUUACGGGAAUGCUCUCCGUCGCGUUUCUGCAGAGAGUGCUCAAGUGGCGCGAAUGGUCUGGCAUUGGCUUUAUUAUUUCUGGCCUGGCUGUGGUCGGAUUGUCUGAUUUUGUUAGUGGAGCGCACCAGGGUAGUCAUGGCCCCAAUGACAUUAUUACUGGCGACGAGCUGAUCAUCAUUGCCCAGGUCAUCACGGCCACUCAGAUGGUGUACGAAGAAAAAUUCAUCAACAAACACAACAUUCCUGCCUUGCAGGCUGUCGGCUGGGAGGGAAUUUUCGGUCUCUCCGCGCUUGGCUUGCUGUUGGUGCCCUUCUAUUAUAUCAAGGUCGGUGCCCCCUUCAGCGGCAACCCUCGUGGGGUCCUUGAAGACCCAAUCGACGGUCUUAUUCAGCUCAGGAACAACCCUUGGCUUAUUUGCGCUUUCCUAGGUACCGUCUUCAGCAUUGCAUUCUUCAACUUUGCCGGAGUGAGUGUGACUAAAGAGUUGUCUGCUACCACCAGGAUGGUGCUUGACUCUGUGCGAACGCUGGUCAUUUGGGCGGUGACCCUUGCUCUCCGUUGGCAGGCCUUCCACUACCUGCAGAUCGUGGGCUUCUCCCUGCUCAUCCUUGGCAUGUGUAUCUACAACAAGAUCACGCUGAUUCCGUGCAUCCGCAAACUGGACAGUCUGUGCCGUUCAUCCGUGGACAACUCAGACACUGACGUGUUGGUCACGAGCACGCCUGCCUCCGAAGCCACGGACACAGAGGACGGGGACCACUCUCACGCCUGAGCAAGACUGUCGGCAAAUCAUCACGAAUUAAGAAAAGUAAGUCAGAAACGAAUAUGAAAGAAAAGCUCGACUGAAACGAAAACAAAGAACGGUGCUCACUUGAUUAUAUCCCUAUUGACUGAUCGAUAACUAAUUAAUUUUUUUAUGAUUGGCGUACUUGCUGCGCGGCAUUCCAUUUUGCGAAUAUCAAGUCAGUCAUAUUUCUGAAUUCCUUGUUACUUAUGGUUGUCGAAUUUUAAUCAAAUAGAAACAAGCCAUGCGAUCGUAAAGCUUAAUGAUCUUAUUAUAAACGUGAGCAAUGAUAUAAUUAAUAAUCGCUUAACCCAAUUAAGAGCUGUAGAAUGUAGCCAUUCCUUGUAUUAAGAGGCGUGUAUUUUUAAGAGAUAGUUUAUUGCAACUCAUUGUGCCGAGAAGCAAAGUUUUAUUGCAAGAUUAUUAUACAGCGUAAAUGAUAUUUUUAAAUAAACGUUAUCCAAUGAAU